AUCGGCUCAUUGGGGCUGGAACGCCGACGCCGACGCAGAUAACGGGAACACGCGUUUGGGGAGAAUGUGAGAGACCGAGGAGAAGAGAGCUGAGUGCUGAGAAAUGGUUCUCAUGCGCGUGAUUUUUUGGCUCAAAAAUACGGGCUUGCUGCCAGACGCUCAGCCAAUUUUGUCGACGAAGCCGACUCAGCCGUUCUGUUUGUCGGUGGUUGUUAUUUUUUUGGUUUGGUUUUCAGUUGCUGUUUAAACUUGGUCGUGAGAGGGUAGUUGCCCCUUAGAGCCCUGCGCGAUCGCGUUCGCGAUUAAAAUAGAAUCGGUAAAAUAAAUCAGUGCUGUGUAAAGAAAGACCGAAACGCUGGCCAGUUUAAAUCUGAAAAUCCUCCAACAUAUCCUGAUGGCCCCCGUGAGUGCCGCAGUGACGGGAUCCUCUACAGCCACCCACUCUCUUCAAGAUAUGACAGCCGCUGCCGCGGCCAUUGCCCUGGACAUGAAACCCAAAGGGGAGCCUUUGGGAGCGUCCUCCACCGCCACAGAGCCAUCACAAAAGAUUAAAAAAUUGGUGCGACGCAAUGCAUCCGAUAAACUGAAACUCAUCCAGAUGGUCCACGAUAAUCCCAUUCUAUGGGACUCUCGUCUCCCGAACUUCAAGGGCGCCGAGAAAGAAAAGAACCGAGCCUGGGAACACAUUGGGCGAGAGUUCAACGCACCGGGGAGACGAGUGGCUCGCGCCUUCAAAUCUUUACGAGAGUCCUAUCGCCGGGAACUUGCCCACGUCAAGCUGAUGGGAAACGGAUUUAAGCCAAAAUGGAGUCUUUAUGAGGCCAUGGACUUUCUAAGAGACGUGAUUCGGGAAAGAAAGGGCGCUUCGCAUGCAACUGAUCUCAGUUCAAGCUCUUUUGGGCAUUUUAACAACAAUAAUAAUAACAACAACCAUAGUAUUCUUGGAGAAUCUGGAAAAAGUAUGGUUUUAAAGCUUUCAUCUUCAUAUACGGAAUCAGCCGCAGUGCUGAAUCUUUCAAAAUGUUCUACCCUUAACGUAAGUGGCGAGGACUACUACAGCGAUUACUACGUAAAGCCAGAGCUGGACCUCUCGGCGGGUGCCUUAGCCGGUAGCAGUAGCAGUGGAAGUAGCAUUGGCUGUGGAAACGGAGCCCCUUCAAAUAAUCCAGUGCCGGCUCAUCAGCACCAAGUCAAUAACGACAGUCGAGUGAGCUCCACGCGAAAUGAGCACCACCAUUUACAGCAAAACUAUGAUGAUUUUGACGCAAGUUCUCUAAGGAGCGGGGAUGAAGAGGGAGAAAACGCAUCAGAUGGGGUGGAGGAACUGGAAGCCAUAGAUGCUGACUUCCCUUAUCCACUUAUUCUUGACUCUAACUCACCAGUAAGCACUAAUGCCGGUGAUUUGGUUUCGUCCCGAAAGCGCUGCCGCAACGGUGAUCAGGAGGACGGUGAUUGCGACGACAAUGGAAUCAUCGAUGGCGACGAUUAUGAAGAACAGAUGCUGCAACAACACCGCCACCUACGGCAGCAGCAGAGCGCUGUUUCAGCCCCUGGGGGGUUGGAUCUUCCGCCGCCGCAAACUGUACGUGAGGUCCUCAAUUCCAAAUUUUGUGGAUUUAUUUCGGCAAAACUUAACAGCAUGGAAGAUUCCGAGGCAGAUAAUCUUAUGAAUCGCAUUCUUCUGUUGCUUGUGCAAAUGCAGCAAUGCGAUGUGUCUACUAAAUAGUUGGAGUAGUGCAGAAAAGCAUAAAAUACUUUUAAUAGCCAAGACAUGCUUAUUGUGGAAUGGUGCAGCUGCUUAAAGCAAACAGACGGAGUCAAUUUGAUUGCGGCUUUCUUGCCAUAUUUUGAGAAAAAAAUUAACAAUUGUAGAUUUACUUGCCAAUGCCAAAUCUGUGCCAUACCAAAAAGAACAAGAAGUAAUUGAAGGGAUUAACAGGUUAUUACAGAAUUUUCAUUUAUCUUCUCUCCCUUAUAGUUAAGUACUCAUUAGAAUAGUUACAAAUUAAGCAAAAGAAAGUAAACCAACUUUCUAUGUUAAAUAUGUUAUAGGUCGAAAGCCUUCUUCACAUGGAACCCAUUCAUCUUCUUUGAAUAUUAAAUCGAUAUUAUUGAUAAUAUUAUUUCUAUUUAACGAAUUUCUAUUUGCGCCCAAUUUGAAACACGGGCUACAAGUUAUAAUCAUUAAGAACAUAACAAAAUUACUAUUUUGAGUAAGGUUUAUUUUUAUUUUCUUAUAUUCACAUAUGUACGACAUUUAAUAAAUUACAU